GUAAAGUAAAUCGACGUUUCUCGAAUGUUACUAUGUGGAGAUAAAGUUUACGUUUUAGAAAAACACGACGAAAAUGCCGCUUUCAAUCUGAAGCCUAACAAAACAUGUCAACAUGGCGGCUUGCAAGACUGAAAACGGUUCAGAGAGAAAACUCGAAUUCUUUUUAAAGGUCCCUUUCCCAUCCGAGAGAGAAGCAACUAUCGCCCUGCAGUCUUUAUCUCCUGAUCCUGAGCCCAGGAAAGGAGGAAUCACUAAAAACCUGGAUUUAUCAGGACAAACUCUGUCUGUGAGAUGGACUGCAGAUGAAGCACGUAUUCUUCGUGUUUCUGUAAGUUCAUUCUUGGACCAUUUGUCUCUAGUGAUGGAAACUAUGGAUGCAUUUGGACCACCUGUUUCACAAUGACACUCUGAGAGACAAAUACAAGCAUAAGAGGAGAGAUGUUGAUGUGGAUGCUGUUUGCUCUGUUAUGCGGAUGUCCAAGAGAAACAUCAUCUGACAUGUGGUCAAGUAUGGACUUCGAGGACUCAAGAAGCAUAAAUAAUUAGCUUUUGCUCUGUUUGAGAAGUGCAGCACUUCAUAAUGUCUUAAGUCAAUUGUUUUGAGUGUUGUUAAAGGAAUAGUUCACCCAAAAAUUAAACUUGAAACUGAAAAAUUACUCACCUCGAGUAAUGAGUUUGUUUCUUUGUUUAAACAGAUUUAGAAAAAUGUAGCAUUACAUCACUUGCUCACCAAUGGAUCCUCUGCAGUGAAUGGGUGCCGUCAGAAUGAGUGUCCAAACGCCUGAUAAAAACAUCACAAUAAUCCACACCACUCCAAGCAAAAAACUUUGCAAGAAAUUAAUCCAUAAUUAAGAUAUCCAUAAUAUCUCCAGUGUUUCAUCUGAAUCAUGAGAGAAAUAUGCACAUAUCAGUUUACGAGCAAAUACAGCCCAAAGCAGUUCUAAAGAAAUAUGUUGGUGAAUUUUGAUGUAAGAGGACGACAGGGACAGUUAAUUAGAUUAUUGUGAUGUUUUUAAUCAGCUGUUUAAACUCUGAUUCUGACGGCACCCAUUCACUUUAGAGGAUCCAUUGGUGAGCAAGAGAUGUAAUGCUACAUUUGAAACAAAUCUGUUCUGAUGAACAAACAAGCUCAUCUUGGAUGGCUUAAGCGUGAGUAAUGUUUUUAGUUGAACUGUUCCUUUGAAGUUUAUCAGUGUAACAAGCCGAAACAAGAUCCAGUGUUUUGUCAUUUGAAUAAAGAUUUAUUAAUGGAGCAUUGUUGAUGAAACAAUACCGAGAGAUGAUUUAACAGUGUUCAAGGAAAGGUAAUUGUUUUAUAAAAGAGGGACAAAUGUGUUUCUAUUGGCAGACAUCACUAAGAGUUUUU